UUUUUUAUUCUGGUUUGUAAGAAUUGGAUUGUGUUUUUUUUUUCUUCUCUUGUCUUCUUUUCAUUUUUUUUUCAUAUCCUGAUUUUAAUCUUUGAAGUUUAUGUGUGAAGUGUACUCAAAAUGACAAUGUUCCUGAUUAUCUGAUAACAACCUGAUUGCAGAAAAGUUAAUUGAGAACUGAAAUAUGUGUAUUUGAAAAACUAGUAUUCAUAUGCCAUGGCUUUCUCCAAAGAUUUAACAUAGAAGGCUUUCUGACAACAAAAAACAAAAAACAACCCACUCUGAUCUUUUGCCAUGAAAUUCUAAUAUCUUCUAACAGUAAGAAUCUUUUUGAAGUUGUCUAUGGCAAUGAUACAUAUUUUCCUAACCCAAAAUCUGAUUCAUAAAAUUGAACUAAUUAUUUUUCCUUUUAUGCCCAAGUGAUAGUUUUAAUGUAUUUAAAUUUAUUUUAGUGUUCUUUGUAUGUAAUAAUCUUCAAAAUUAUUAACAUUUUUAAGCUUAAUUAGAGAAUUCUUCUCAAUGUUUAUUUUCCGACUAUGAGAACUAUGUUCAGUAGGUUUUCUAUAAAAUUAAAAUUAUUACUACCUUUAUAUAUAUAAUUACGAGAAUAAGUUUCAUUUGUAGUGUGCAAAAUACUGUUCAGAUUAAAUAACUGAAGUAAAAGAAAUUGGGUAAUAUAUGUGGAAUCUGUUGUAUUUGAACUUGUUAGAUGUGCAAGCUAUUAAAAAAUAUAAGGCAUGAAGCAAAAUUUUAAGUGCUGAACUCUUAUUUAGAGUAUCAACUAAGCAGCCAUCGCAUAUCUCUCUAUUUUAGAUCUAUUUCUUUUUGUUGAACAUUUUUGUGUUGCUACAUAGCUUUGAAAUUUCUGUCCUCGCUUAGGAGUGUUUCUCCUUUCAUCUUCUGUGUAGAUAUUGGCAGUACUAUAUAUAACUCAUGGCAUUAAGACACAAUUGGCUCGGUUCUGUGCAAUAUGUAUUCCAAAAUAAUACAGAUAUAUUUGUAUUUGGUACUAUUUUUUCACAUUUUUCAUCUGAGAAUUGCUUUCAGCUAAGCCAAUGAUAAGGGUAUUACAUCUGUAAUGAUUAUUUUUGAAUAAGACCCGAUUUUUGCUAGCAGAGAUAUUUUUGAGAAAUAAUAUGGAAUAGGAUACAUACACUUACAACAUUUCACAAUAGGGAAGCAUUUGGUAAAUCUUACAUAAUAUUGUUUGCAAAAUAAGGAAGUUUAAAUUUUCUCAUUCUAGGAAUCGAAUAUUAUGCUCCAGAUGAGAUUGUACCAUUUUUUCCUUGCAUUUCAUUAAUUUGUAAGAUAUUCUGUUCAGAAUAGUUUCCUUCCUAUAUUUUCACACUUCAUAUCAAUUAGUUAUGUCUGCAUGUUUGCCAGAUUUCAAUUUUUGUGUAAGCUUCUACAAACCCUUUACACCAAACUUUUUUUUUUUUUUUUUUUUUUGCAAUUUCAUCAUCUUGUGAGGGUACUCUGUGGGACAUAAUAGGUAGCAGAAUAUCAGUAAGAAUACUAUGUAUUUGUGCAUAUUUUGUCACAAACCCUUAAUACAAUGUCUGUACAUUUAAGAAAUAUUUUAAAAUAAAACACUUGAAUUAAAACGAACUACAUUGUUCAAAUUGUUUGAAAUAGAACAGUUAGUUGUAUUUUAACUUUGCGAAUUAAAUUAAAAAAAAUAGAAAUACAAUAGUUAGAAAAUCGUUGUUUUUAUUUGUUCCUUUUCCCAGCUGUUUUAUGUACUACAAAAGGUAUAAGUACCAGGAUAUAUUGGGUGGAAAUAAUUAUAGUUGACUCUGUAACUUGCAUACAAAGUAAUCACAUUUACUGUAUGUAAAGAUAAUAAUAUAGGCUGGAAAUUUUGUCUAAUCAUGGCUUUCUAGUUAUGUAAAAUAGGUAUGCUCGCAUGAAGGAAUGCCAUAUUUGUGAAAUGACUCUUUUAUUGUUUUGAAGGAAACUUACUUCCACAGUAAAAUGUAUUACUAUUAUAUUUGUUCCAGAAUCAGUCUUCUGAAUUCUGUAAAACAGUCUCAAGAUUUCUGAGUUUAGUCUUGAAGAGGAACUGUGGCCUUAUGACAUGAAGUGGUUGCCCUGGUAACAUACCAUAUAGCAGUUGUGUCUUUAUCUGGCUCUAGAAUUAGAUCACUGUUUAAGGAAUGAUUAAGCUAUAGGUAACACUUAGUUUUCAGUUUGGAUAAAGGCAUUUUUAGCAGAAAGAAUGCAGAAAUGAGGCGUAGCCAUCGAUUCCAUGUUACAGUCAGGAUGUUUAAACCACUUGGAAAGUGGGUCACUCUGGACAAUUCCGCUCAGUCUUGGCAAGAGGGAAAUAUUUCUCGUGUAACUAACAACUCUCGGAUUUUAAGUCUGUUGGCACAACUGGAGAAGAUCAAUGCAGAAUGUUUGGUAGAAGUGGACACUGCCAGAUAUGUUACAUCAAAAAUUCUUCACCUGGCUCAAAGUCAAGAAAAAAUCAGAAAAGAUAUGACUGCCAAAGGUUCAACAGGGAUAGAAGUUAUUCUCUCAACUUUAGAGAACACAAGAGAUUUUCAGACUAUAUUAAACAUCUUAAAUAUCUUAAUUGAAUUGGUGGCAGCAGGCAACAGUCGAAGAACAAGUUUUCUCGUUUCUCGAGGAGGGACACAGAUUUUGUUGCAAUUACUUGUGAACGCAAGCAAAGAACCCCCACCAAAUGAAGAAUUAAUGGUGCUACUACAUUCUCUUCUUGCUAAAAUAGGCCCCAAAGAUAGAAAAUUUGGAGUAAAAGCCCGAAUUAGUGGUGCUUUAAAUAUAACUCUGAACAUAGUGAAACAAAACUUGCAGCAUCAAAGGCUAAUUCUGCCUUGUCUUCAAGUGUUAAGAGUGUAUUCAACUAAUUCUGUAAAUGCUGUUUCCUUGGGUAAGAAUGGAGUUGUGGAAUUGAUAUUUAAGAUAAUUGGUCCUUACAGUAAGAAAAAUACUGGCGUUAUGAAGGUUGCUCUAGAUACCCUCACUGCACUUCUAAAAUCAAAAACAAAUGCACGGAGAGCUGUGGAUAGAGGCUAUGUCCAAAUGCUGUUAACAAUUUAUGUAGAUUGGCACCGUCAUGAUAGUCGGCAUAGACAUAUGUUAAUCCGUAAGGGAAUCUUGCAAUCUAUUAAAAGUAUUACCAAUAUCAAGCUGGGAAGAAAAGCAUUUCUAGAUGUUGAUGGGAUGAAAACUCUGUACAAUACUUCACAGGAAUGCCUUGCAGUAAGAACUCUGGAUCCACUUGUCAACAUUUCUAGUCUGAUAAUGAGGAAAUGCUAUCCUAAAAAUCGUCUUCCGUUACCGACCAUUAAAAGUGCUUUCCAUUUCCAACUACCUGUUAUGCCUGUUAAUGGACCAGUGUAUCAGCUGUAUAGUUUGCCUCCUGAAGUGGAUGACGUAGUAGAUGAAAGUGAUGACAAUGAUGACAUCGACACAGAAUCUGAGGUUGAAAAUGAUAAUGAAGAUGACAUAGAUCAACAUUUUAAGAACGAUGACAUUGAGACAGAUAUCAAUAAACUGAAACCAAAGCAGGAAUUGGGACGACCAGUGGAAGAUUUGAGAAUGUAUGAACAUUUUUUCCCAGAACUCUCAGAGGAUUUUCAGGAAUGUGACCUCAUUUCAAAGGAACCAAAGUCUUUUUCAAACAACUCAGCUCCAGGAGGACCUAUUGUUGUUCCCACUGCUGGAGAGGAACCAUCCUUAACAAAUGACAUGAUGCAACUUCCUGUGAAGGAGAGUAAUCUGCAAAGUGAAGACUGUAAUAAAAGACCAGGCUUUUUGGGAUUGGUAAAAAAUGAUGGUAUCAUGGAUAAUAGUUUGCAGCAUCAAGGUGAUCAAAUAAAAUUGCUUCCAUCAUGCCAGUGCCUGAAUCAUGAAAUUGUAAGAGACUUUGACCGAAUUUCACUUCAAAAUACAUCCAAAAGUGAACAGUCCAAAAUGACUGUGACAAAAAACGAAUGUAAAACUAGCUUUAGUGAAAUUACCUGUAAUAAACCUUUUCAACAUGUUCCAACAUGUGGAAGUGUUUUGUUUGAGGGACGGUCUGUCCAGCUGGGAAAACUAUGCUGUUCUGGACCUGAUCCUGAAGAAGAAGAAGUAUCUUGUUCAGUUUCUAUAGGAGAGCAAGUAACAAUUGAAAUGCCUGAUACAAUACAACUGCAUGAUCCAGAACUCUAUAUUGAAACAGUGAAAAAUACUAGAUCUGUUCCUGAAUAUUCAGAAGUCGCUUAUCCUGAUUAUUUUGGACAUAUUCCACCUUCAUUUAAAGAACCUAUCCUUGACAGACCAUAUGGUGUACAGAGAAAUUUCGGAUUCGACUUCUUUGAUUUGCCUGUCCGUAAAGAAAAAUACUGUAUCACUAGGAAGAAGAGAAUGGCUGCCAGUCACAUGCGAACUCUGAUGACAAAAAUUGCCCAAGAUAUUGAAAGGCUUAUUCAUCCUAAUGAUAUUAUAGACAGAGUUGUGUAUGAUCUUGAUAAUCUCAGUUGUCUAGUGCCUGAUGAAGCAGAUGUCUUGAAGUUUAACUCCAAAUUUGAAUCAGGAAAUUUACGGAAAGUUAUUCAGAUCAGAAAAAAUGAGUAUGAUCUCAUUCUGAAUUCUGAUAUAAACAGCAAUCAUUAUCACCAGUGGUUUUAUUUUGAAGUCAGUGGAAUGCGAACAGGCAGUGCCUACCGAUUUAAUAUAAUCAACUGUGAAAAGACAAACAGUCAGUUUAAUUAUGGUAUGCAGCCCCUUAUGUACUCUGUUCAAGAAGCCCUGGGUGGCCGGCCUUCGUGGAUUCGUACAGGAACAGAUAUCUGUUACUACAAGAAUCAUUUUUCAAGAAGUUCAAUUGCAGCAGGAGGUCAAAAAGGAAAAUCAUAUUAUACAAUCACCUUCACAGUCACCUUCCAUCAUAAGGAUGAUGUUUGCUAUUUUGCUUACCAUUAUCCUUAUACUUACUCAGCUUUAAUGAUGCAUCUCCAAAAAUUAGAAUCCACAAACAAUCCUCAGCAGAUAUAUUUUCGGCAACAUCUUUUAUGUGAGACUCUCUCUGGGAAUAACUGUCCUGUAGUAACUAUUACAGCCAUGCCAGAAUCAAAUUACUAUGAACAUAUUUGUCAGUUCAGAAAUCGUCCUUAUAUUUUCUUAUCUGCGCGUGUACAUCCUGGAGAGACAAAUUCAAGUUGGGUUAUGAAGGGAACUUUGGAGUAUCUUACGAGUAAUACUCCUGGUGCCCAGAGUUUACGAGAGUCCUAUAUUUUUAAAAUUGUACCAAUGCUUAAUCCUGAUGGGGUCAUCAAUGGAAAUCAUCGUUGUUCCUUAAGUGGGGAGGAUUUGAAUAGACAAUGGCAAAACCCAAACCCAGAUCUGCACCCCACAAUUUAUCAUGCCAAAGGUCUGCUUCAAUAUUUGGCAGCUAUAAAACGUUUGCCAUUGGUUUUUUGUGACUAUCAUGGUCAUUCUCGCAAGAAAAAUGUAUUUAUGUAUGGCUGUAGCAUCAAGGAAACAAUAUGGCAUACUAAUGUUAGUGCUGCCUCUUGUGAUCUGAUUGAAGACCUUGGUUAUAGGACUCUCCCUAAGAUUCUGAGCCAGGCAGCGCCAGCAUUCAGUAUGAGCAGCUGCAGUUUUGUCGUGGAAAAAUCGAAGGAGUCUACAGCACGCGUUGUAGUAUGGAGAGAGAUAGGUGUUCAAAGAAGUUACACCAUGGAAAGCACAUUGUGUGGAUGUGAUCAAGGGAAAUACAAGGGCUUACAAAUCGGGACACGUGAACUGGAAGAGAUGGGAGCCAAAUUCUGUACUGGUUUAUUGCGUUUGAAAAAGUUGACAUCACCACUGGAAUAUAAUCUGCCAUCUACUCUUUUGGACAUUGAAAAUGAAUUGAUUGAAUCUAGUUGCAAAGUGACAAGCCCCACUACUUAUGUUCUAGAAGAAGAUGAACCUCGCUUCCUUGAAGAAGUGGACUAUAGCGCUGAGAGCAAUGAUGAGCCAGAUAUUGAUUUGGCAAAUAAUGCUGGAGACUAUGAGCCUUGUCUUCAAGAAGAUGGACUCUCUGACUCUGAAAUUACGAGGACACAUUUGCCUUGAGACAUUCUUGGUACAUGAAGGAGCAAACUACUGUGGCUUAUUUAAAAGGAACAUGGUGGGUUAUUUCACCUUGGGGUUUUGCUAAAGCAGAUAAACUGCAGUCAACCCAGUUUGAAAACAAUAAAUGCUUCUGGCUUUUAAAACAAUUGGCAUUUGUUUUAUUUGAGCAAUUUAAUUUUUAACUUAGCAUUGGAAUUAAUUUGUCCCUGGAUGCCUGCUACUUAACGAUGCAUGGCUUUUUGCUUUCGUCCACAUAAUCAGUAAAAUAAAAGAAGUAAUUUCUAAGAUGUAAUUGGCAAAUCAGAAGGUAGGAGUUAACCUUAUUCCUGUAGCACAAGAUGUUGGGCUAGUUAUUAAAGUUCACAUAGAUUUUGCAUUUGUGUGUGGGGUUUUAAUUCUUUUGUUUGUUGGAUACAGCACAAGGAUUUUUUUAAAAAUUAAAUUAUUUUUAACUGAACAGAUGAAAAAUAGAUGUUCUCAUUGCUACAUAUUUUAAGCUUAGAUUGCAUUGACAUGGUUUUGCUACAGCCUUAAUUUAAAAUUGGCAAUAUCCAUAUUUAUAGUUGAAAAAAGAAUUAUACCUGCAGAAAGAUUUUAUGUACAGAGUAACAUUUUGAGAGUGGAAAGUCUCACAUUCAGCUGUACUUGCAGCUUUUUCUCCUUGUCCCUAGUACAGUUUUAUGUGUCAUAAUAUUUCUCCAUAUGAAAACACUCCACAGAAAAUACAGGAGAGAGAAUUAGGCAUGCAUCCUUCCUUCCUGAAAUGCAGAACUUUUUUCCCAUGUGAAGGGAAACCUUAAAACCUAUGUUUUAAGAUGGUAUCAUCCAUUAGCUUUUUGUGGAAAAAAUAAGCCUCAUGUACCCAUGCUGACUAUAAAAUAUAUAUUUAUGUUAACACUUAUUACCUAAAACUCAUAACCAAAUUCUUUCUGAGGUUCAUAUAAAGCUUGGAGAAAAUAGGUGUUCUUUGUAAGCAUAACAAUUUCAUUGUAUGUAUAUUUCGUGAUACGAAUUCUAGAUCCUUUUCCAUAUUUAAUAUAGCCAAUAUGAGCUCAAAGUGCUCUGGAUACAAAGCAUAUACUUUUAUAUAUAUUGUGGAUUGUGGAAGAAUAAUGGUGUCCAUUUGGGUGGAAGUUGCUUUAUAGUCUCUCGAACUAUGUAAUCCAGAGAAAAAUUAAGCAUGCUGAAUUCUAAUUUUAAAAUAUUUAAGCACAUGUGUAUAUUGCAUUUUUCAAAUGUCUGAUGUCUGCUUUAUCUCCCUACCUCCUGAGUUCUAUAUUUUAUUGAAAUAUUUAAAACGAAAGGUGAUAUGUCAUUAGAACUAAUAUAAGAGGAUUGAAGGCCAGAUCUUUGUAGUAUUAGCCAAUCUGUUUCCUGGAAUAAAUCCACACUCCCUUUUUUGUUUCCUUUUAGCUUAUGCUAGAGGGGAUGGUCUGGAUUUUUCUUAACUAAAAUAACUUGCCUCAUGUAAAGGGAGAUUAUUUUAUCACUGUCCCCUCAUUGCCAAAGGAAGCAAUUAAAAACAGAAUCAAAUCAGUUUUAAGAGAUAAACGUUUAGUUUUCUGAGUUCCCACCUCCCACCCAAGCUAGACAUAUUUCAAAGUUAUAUAAAAUUAAUACAGGAAGUAUACCAAUGUACAGGAAAAUAUAAUAUAUUCAUUGAUUUUUUUAAAAAAUUAAUCCAAUCCAGAACUUUGCUAUUCAUAUAGGAUAGCUAAGUGUUCUGUCCACAAGGAAAAUGCAGUCAUGCUUUGAGUGAGACAAAAGGAUUUAUGGUUCUGGUUUUCUGGAAUUAAAAUGAAUAAACAAAUGCCUUCUAGCCAUAGUAGCAUUUUAGAACAGCAGAUACCCUAGACCUGCAUUUAAAUUGUGGAUUAGAUUAUAAAGGGAUUCCCUUUAUCAAAUCAAGGAGGAUUGUACAGAUGUACUGAACUGAUCCUAGGUGUAUUUGUUCUUUGGUUGUAAAGAAUUUACUGUGCAGUAAGGAAAUGAGUGGAUAAUUGAACCAUAUUGAUAUAACAAGGUGUAUUAAUUUUUCCAGCCUCUUAACUGAAGCAGAUUAAAGAGUCUUAUAGUUAAUCUUUUGAACUUUAUGAAUAUUUUCCUAUAUUUUUAAAUCUUUGAAUGUAUUUUCAUAUAGUUUUGUUUUUACAAAAUGAUUUUGAUGCAAAUAUGAUAUGAAACACCACAUAUAUUAAAAUAUAUACAUUUGAGUUGUACUUUGUCAACUUCUGGGACUUUCAUAGAUGGACAAAGAAAAUUAUGUAUCUGUAAUGCUUAUUUCUUUUAAUGAAAUCUUCCUUUUUAAAUAUUGUACUGUAUCUCACAGACAAAAAUAUGUGCCAACUAUCAGAUGUCAGUUGUAUGUGGAAUAUUAUUUUAGUCAUAACUGAAUAAUGACAACAAAGGCUCGAAUUAGACUGGCAAAUAUAAUGUAGUUUGUAUAAAAGCCAGAAAGCCCAAGUUUUAUUAUAAGAAUCCAUUGUAAUCCUGUAAUUAUAAAUUGUGGCAAUAUUACUGUGUAUGACCUAUUCCCAGAGAGAUAAUUUAUCAAGUAAAUGUAUAAUAAAAUAAUUAUCAUCA